AUGAAAUUAAUUUUAGGUAAAAUAAUUCAAACUAAACAACGACGUCAAACUAUACUAAAAUAUAUAUGGUCAAAUGAAUUAAAAUUUUUUACUGAUUUUAAUUUUAUACAAAAAAACAAACAAACAAAUCGUUUAACAUUAGCUGGAAUUUAUCCAUUAUGGUUAAAUAUUGCAACAAACGAGCAAACAAAAUAUAUUGUAGAAAAAAUUGAAACAUUAUUUUUAUUUGAUGGUAGUCUUGUAACAAUAAUAUCAAAACAAAGUACACAACAAUGGGAUUAUCCAAAUGGUUGGGCACCAUUACAAUAUAUUGCAUAUCGUUCUUUAAUUCAAAUAUCAGAUUAUAAAAAUCUUGCUCGAAUUAUUCGUCAACGAUGGAUGUCAUUAAAUGAACGUGUUUUUAAAGAAACAGGAAAAAUGAUGGAAAAAUAUGAUGUUGUUAAUAUUAAUAAACCAGCUGAUGGUGGAGAAUAUAAAACACAAGAUGGAUUUGAAUGGACCAAUGGAGUUUAUUUACAAAUGCUUUAUGAUCAACAAUUAGAAUUAGAAUUUAAUCUUUUUUUUUUUUUUAUUAAAAUGAAAUUAGAAGAUUUACCAGGUGAACUAUGGUUUCUCAUUCUCUCAUAUUUAUCACCAAUUGAAGUGUUUCAUAUAUUUUUUAAUGUAAAAAAUAAAAGAAUAAAUUCAAUAAUUACAGAUAUGUAUUCAAUUGAAAAAAAAAUGGUUCAUCACCCACGAAAAAAAAACGACAAAAAACCGCUCAAAACCGCGGUUUUCAUUACCGCGGUUUCGGGCGGUUUUUCAGAACAGCGGGAGUCAGACCGUUUAUGCAGCUACGAAAAACCGC